AUGGAGGACAAGAAGGAAGACAUGGAGAUGGAAGGUGGGGAUCCUUCAGACGCCUUUCCUGCUGCGCAGCCAAAGGAGCUCGAGUCUCUGCACUACAGGCUCCUCAAAACCAUCCAUGAGUUGAUUCAACAGGUGGAGAUGCUCUUUGGCGUGAAGGCCUUGGUUCUGAAAGAGCAAAUGGAUGGGGGAGACGGUGAGGCGAGUGGAGAGGAAGCGAGAGGGGAGCAGAGGGAGGCGGGAGAAGUGGGAGCGGAGGUAGCGUGGGGACCGGGGGAAGCGGAAGGUGGAGAUGCAGCAGCAGAGGAUGAGGGGCAAGGAGAGGAGGGCGGUGAGGGGAAUGAGAGUCCUGUAGCGGGGGAGUGGGAGGAGCUGCACUCGGCGAGGGAGUGGGAGGAGCUGCACACGGCGAGGGAGUGGGAGGAGCUGCACUCGGCGAGGGAGUGGGAGGAGCUGCACUCGGCGAGGGAGUGGGAGGAGCUGCACUCGGCGAGGGAGUGGGAGGAGCUGCACUCGGCGAGGGAGUGGGAGGAGCUGCACUCGGCGAGGGAGUGGGAGGAGCUGCACUCGGCGAGGGAUUGGGUGGAGCUGCACUCGGCGAGGGAGUGGGAGGAGCUGCACUCGGCGAGGGAGUGGGAGGAGCUGCACUCGGCGAGGGAGUGGGAGGAGCUGCACUCGGCGAGGGAGUGGGAGGAGCUGCACUCGGCGAGGGAGUGGGAGGAGCUGCACUCGGCGAGGGAGUGGGAGGAGCUGCACUCGGCGAGGGAUUGGGUGGAGCUGCACUCGGCGAGGGAGUGGGAGGAGCUGCACUCGGCGAGGGAGUGGGAGGAGCUGCACUCGGCGAGGGGGUGGGAGGAGCUGCACUCGGCGAGGGGGUGGGAGGAGCUGCACUCGGCGAGGGAGUGGGAGGAGCUGCACUCGGCGAGGGAGUGGGAGGAGCUGCACUCGGCGAGGGAGUGGGAGGAGCUGCACUCGGCGAGGGAGUGGGAGGAGCUGCACUCGGCGAGGGAGUGGGAGGAGCUGCACUCGGCGAGGGAGUGGGAGGAGCUGCACUCGGUGAGGGAGUGGGAGGAGCUGCACUCGGCGAGGGAGUGGGAGGAGCUGCACUCGGCGAGGGAGUGGGAGGAGCUGCACUCGGAGAAGGUGAUGCUAACGAGGAAGGUGCGGGCGAGUGAGGUGGUGGUGGAGGAGAUGGUGAGAAACGCAGCGGCACAGUCGAGGGAGGACGGCGUUGACAUGCAAGCCUGUGUGAUCAGCCUCAAGUGCCCUCUUUCCUUCGUCCGCAUCAAGGUAUCAAUGCAGAGCGACAAUGCGUGGCAAAAAGUGCUGCCAUAA